AUGGCUCUCUAUGGUUCUGGAUACACUGCUCCUAUUGGUUUGAACCAAGGUGUUAUUAAUCCCAUCGCUCCCGUUGUGCCUGGUGCUGUCGUUCCAGGUGUGCUCGGACCUGCUGUCGUGCCGGGUGCUCUUGUAACUCCGCUCGGCGGUGUAGCUAACAUUGAUCCAACAGAUCCGUUCAUUCAGCCAGGAUCGAUUAUCACUCCUCUAAGUUCAACGGUCAUUGACCCCGUCGCUAACGUGAUGGCUACGACUAAUUACGUUCCCGGAUUAUAG